GGGAAACGGGAAGCACAGUACACGGGCAAUACACUAAUAAUUUAAAUAAUCGAUUAAUAUUCAAUCGAUGUAUUUCGUAUGGAAUUAUCGUUGUUAAUUUUUGGACAAUGGUCGGUGAUACACCUAUUUCGAUCGUCGAAUAUCUUAUGCCGGUGUAAGCUAUUCGGCAUCCAAUGUCAGUAAACCGGUACAAAAUGCAUCGGUACGCCGGCUAGUGCCAACGAAUUUCUAGUACAUCGUGGUUUAAAACGUAUGUAUAAUACAUUAUAUACACAUAUAAUGUGUUGGUAUUAUUUAUAUUGUCUUAGACCGCGAUGGUCCACGGUCUAUGUGAACGGCCACUUCGUCCCCCGGCCAGACCCUUCAACGGGUUAACUAAAUACCCGAGAUCUAAAUGAUACGAAAGCAUCCGGUUGAUCAAAAAUCUGAUCCGUGGGAAUGGUGAAUGGUGAUUAGGGAUUUAGUUAGGCCGGGGCGCUAUAAACUAGGCUAAGGCCAAGGGUCCAUGGUGCCCCGGUUAGGCCCGGGACUAGGUGACCGUUCACUCUUUUUCACUUUUGUUUGAUUUUUCCGUGAAAUUGAUUUUUACGAUAACGAUUAGCUGCAAUGAAAUCGAUAACAAUCGAAAUGUUAUCGCCGUUAUCCGUGUUAUUCUCACGUGUUAUUUUUGAUUGCAGUUAUUAGUUUAUCUAAUCUCACUCCGGAUAUUAUUUAAAUUUUUCAAACAAUAUACCUAGGCUUGUAUCAAAAUUUCUACAGUUUUGGUGUAACGAAAAUUCUACGAACAACGAUGACGGAAGAAAACGUUAAAACCGUUGCCGUGCACAUGGAAAAUUUGGACGGUCAUCCUCAAUGCGCCCACGGUAAAUAUUAUCCACAUUGAGGUCUAUUUCACUAAUUGAUUCUGAUCUGUAGCUAAUUAAUGACAUUUUACUUUUAUCCGUUCAUGCAUACUAUGGCAAUGGUCGAUAACUGUGUAACUGUCAAAUGAAUGACUUAGAUGUCAAUAAUUAAAUACAUUUUUCAGUCUCUCAUUGCUAACAUUAUAACCGCAAUAUUAUUCCCAGCAAUUAGUGACUUAGUUUAUUAUUGAUUCGACGAUCUUAUUUGUUAUGAAUUGUCAAGUAUAAUUUCUUUUUUGUGUAUUUACAAAUGGCUUAAAAAUUUUAAUGACUGGAACAAGUCUUGUUGAAAACUUAUUGACAAACAAAAAUUAUAAAAAUCAGAAAAAAAAUUAUAUAUGAUUUAGUAAAACUAACACAUUUCUUUAAAAUCGAAAUUCUUAAAUUAAUUAAUCAUGUUUUUAAGGACCGACAUUGUUAUUUUCUCGAGGAUUGGACAACAAAAAAUUUUAUUCUUGUUCAGCACACAGGAAUCGGAAAAAAUGUUCUUUCUUUAUAUGGGAAAAUCAGGUUGAAACAAUUGGACAAAAGUUCAUGGACCAAUAUGAAAAAGACCCCAUCAUAACCAAAAUGAUGAGAUACAAAUUACAAUCCAGGUGAUAUACAUUAGUAAAGUAUUAUUUUUUUUUUUAUUUGUGUAAAAGAUAUUAUUUAAAUUGUUCAACCUAAUUUCUAACCAUGUUGUUUAAUAGACACAUUUACAAUUGAGAGCUUAAAACAAUUAUUUUUAAUAAGUAUACAAAUAAUGGAGCAUUUUUAAAGAUUUUUAUUGAAAUUAUAAUCUAAUAUAUUAUUAUAUGUAACUGCUAAAUUAUUUUUAAAAUUAACACUAUAUAUUCUUUUUUUACCCAACUGUUAUUAGGUAUAAUAAAAUUAAAAAUUUGAAUCCAGAAGAAAGAUGCUUCUGCCAGAAAUGUGGUGAACUUUUUUCUAAAACAGAAGAGGAUUUACAUAUAGACCACAGUGAAAUGUUAGAAGAAAACAUAAAUGAUUUUAAAUUAUCGCACCCUUCUCAGGUAUAAAUAUUAAAGUAAUUAAUAAUCAUUAGUAUAUUACGAGUUAUAUUUUAUAUAAUAUUACUCACUAAGUAGUAUUUGAAAUUAUCGUAUUCUACUGAUUAAAAUAAUAUUUUAUGAGAAUCAUUAAAUUUCAAGUAGUAAUAAACUAGUUAAUGAUGAAUCACCCUGUAUUAAAAUAUUUCAUUAUUAGUUGUUUAGACCACUUCAGGAGUCAAAAAGUGAAUCUCAGUAUUUUUUUACUGAAAACACAAUUGAAAUGUUAAUUAAAAUGUUCCGUUCAGUUGGUACAACACACAUUAUUUGUAUCGGUGCGCCUACUAUACAUGAACGAAUAUCAUAUAGCAUACCCAAUAUGAGUUGUAUAUUGCUUGACAUCGAUCAUAGAUAUGUAAGUUAGAUAAUUUAUAUUUUUUUUUUUUUCGUAGAGAAUAGAUUACUUAAUAUUUUCUUUGUUUUCAGUUGCAAUUUUACGAAGGGGACCGUUUCAGAUGGUUCAACAUGUACAAUUGUCAUAUACUCGAGGAAUGUGACUCAGAUUUUAUAUUGGAGGACAUUUUGACCAAGGUAGAUUCUACUGCCGUGUUUAUUGAUCCUCCAUUUGGUGGAAGACUUGAACCCUUAGCAUAUACCCUUAAUAAAUUUGAUCAAAUCAGAAAAAAAUACAACAAAAAUGCAUUAUCAAGUAAAAUUAUUUCUCCUUUUAAUUUUGUUUAAACUAAUACUGAGUAGUAUGAUUUACUUUCCAGAGUUUUUGGUACUACCAUAUUUCAUGGAACGUUUUGUGAUCGACAACUUGCCUGAGAUGUCAAUGUUGGACUAUAAAAUUGAUUAUGUCAAUCACAAAAAGUUUAAUAGUUCUGGUUUGUAUAAUUAUUAAUUAUAUUAUACACAAUAUAUUCUUAUACAAUGUAUUCAUAAUAAAUUAUAUAAUGCACUGUGUGUUACACUAUUGAUAUAUUUUAUUAAUAAUAUUCAUCAAGUGAUUAGUAUUAAUAUAUAUUGUUUUCAUAUUUGCUUAGGGAGGAAUAAAGGAUCUCCUAUCAGGAUAUUUACCAAUGUAGAUCAAUGUAAAAUAGCGUUACCAACCGAAGAAAAUUAUAAAUUCUGUGACGAUUGUAACCGUUGGGUAUGCUCAGAAAAUGUGCACUGUUAUAAGUGUAAUAGUUGUACAUCAAAGGUAAAAAUAUUUUUUUCAGUAUACUGUUGUUUAGAAAUGCAUGCUUUAAAGUAUCAUAAAUAUUAUUGUGUCUGUAAUAAAACAUAUCGUUGAUUGAAAUUUGAAAUCUGCAGUAAAACCAUAUGUACCCCCUGUUUGUUUUUGCAACAAAUUGUCUGUAAGCUAUUAAUUCUUAUGGAGUAUAAUAAUUUUAUUUUACAGAACGGCCGUGAAUAUAUACAUUGUAAUUUGUGUAAGAAGUGUGUGAAAAGAACAUGGAAACAUUGCAAGCAAUGUAAUAAAUGUUGUCUUAUUGAACAUAUAUGUAAUCGGUUUCAAACUGUAGUAAGUAUAAUACAAAAUUGAAAAUGACUUAAAUUUAAUUUUAUAUUUAAUACAAUGCUACAUAAUAUUUAUAAUGCCAAAAGUGUGAUUAUUGCAAUGCAUGUAUAUUUAUUUGUACUCUUUUCCCGCUUUACGAGCCAAUAUUCAUAAAACUAAUUUAGUUAUUACAAAAAGUUAAUCCAUCUGCCAUUAUUUUAAAUAUCAUACACAUAUUCAUAGCUGGCAACUUUUUCUCUUGAAUCAAAAUAUUAUAAAGUAAUAAUAAUGAUGUAGUGAUUUAAAAUUUAUGAAAUUAACUUCUAUAUUUUAUAAUAAAAGCCUAGUAAUUCUGAUUCUAUCACAAAUUUAUUGUUCAGUUGGUUAAAGAACACACAAUUUUGAUCUUGUAAUUUGGUAGCAUGAUAAUAUGAUAUUUAAAAAUUAUUUAUUAAUUAAUUUAUAAAUUUAUUAUUUGUAUUUCACAGAGUAGAGUAAACAAUAAAUUCAAGAAGAAAACAAAAAUUGGGCAUAAAACAUGAUUAUAUUAUUUAAAUCUUAUUUGUUGUUAUCAAAAAUUAUCAUUUAAUUAUAUAAAAAUUAAUUCAAAAU